UCUCACAGAGACCUUCUUCAUUUUCUUGAACCUUCGCUAAAGAUUCUUGAAUUUAAAGUUUAAACCCAACAUAUAUGAUCAUAAUCAGAAGUUUUUGUUUUUCUUCAUGAGAAUCUGAGUUGAAAAGGCAUGCUCUUUUUCUCCCUCCCUACCAAACAGUUCACCUCAAAGCUAAUCCCAUGUAAGUCUUUCUCUAACUUCACCAUUAACCAUUUAUUCUCAGCUCUUUCGAACCCUUCUCAUACUGACAAAGAACCUGAAAUAGACUAUGCAAUUUCUACUUUGAAAACUGAAAUGGGACUACCCAAAUUGAGUUCUUGUGGAACUGAAAUGGAAAUAUCCAUAUCUGAUAACUCAAUGAAAAUUUCCCCAAUACCCAACUUUAAUUCUUGUGGAACUGAAGUAGAAGAACCCCUUUCUGAUAAUUCAUUUAAAGUUACCCUAAAACCCAACUUGGGUUCUUGUAAAAAUGAAGUGGAAGUACCAAUUUCAGAUAAGUUAUUUAAAGAGGCUCCAAAGUUGGGUUCUUUCAAAUUGGGUGAUUCUACAUUCUAUUCUCUUAUUGAGAAGUAUGCCAAUUCCGGGGACUUUACGUCUUUGGAGAAGGUUUUUGAUAGAAUGAAGUGUGAAAAAAGAGUCUUUAUUGAGAAGAGUUUUAUCUUAGUGUUUAGAGCUUAUGGAAAAGCCUGUUUGCCUGAAAAAGCUGUUGAAUUGUUUGAAAGAAUGGUGGAUGAGUUUCAAUGUAAACGAACUGUGAAGUCGUUUAAUUCUGUUCUUAAUGUGAUAGUUCAGACAGGAUUAUAUCGUCGUGCUUUAGAUUUUUAUGCUGAUGUUGUGAAUAAUAGGAAUGUUAUGCCAAAUGUGCUUUCUUUUAAUUUAGUUAUUAAGACAAUGUGUAAGCUUCGGAUGGUCGAUAGAGCUAUGGAGGUGUUUAGAGAAAUGCCUACUUGGAAAUGUGAGCCGGAUGUUUAUACAUACUGCAGUUUGAUGGAUGGGUUGUGCAAGGAUGACCGGAUUGAUGAAGCAGUUAUUCUUUUGGAUGAAAUGCAGGUAGAGGGAUGUCUUCCUGUUCCAGUGACAUUUAAUGUGUUGAUUAAUGGGCUUUGUCGGAAAGGUGACUUGGCUCGAGCUGCAAAGCUUGUGGAUAACAUGUUUCUUAAAGGGUGUGUUCCAAAUGAAGUGACUUAUAACACACUUAUACACGGUUUGUGCCUGAAAGGUAAAUUGGAGAAAGCAGUUAGUUUAUUGGAUAGAAUGGUGUCAAAUAAGUAUAUACCAACUGAUAUAACCUAUGGAACGAUUAUCAAUGGGUUUGUUAAGCAAAGAAGAGCCACAGAUGGUGUGCAGAUCUUGUUGGCAAUGCAGGAGAAAGGGCAUCUGGCAAAUGAAUAUGUCUACUCAGCACUGGUUAGUGGGUUGUUCAAGGAGGGCAAACCUGAAGAGGCGUUAAAAAUAUGGAAGGAAAUGAUAGAAAAGGGAGUGAAGCCUAAUACAGUUGCUUAUUCUGCUUUUAUAGAUGGCUUGUGUCGAGAAGGCAGACCUGACGAAGCUAAGGAGAUCCUUUCUGAGAUGAAUAAAAUGGGUUGCACUCCCAAUGCUUAUACUUACUGCUCUCUGAUGAAAGGUUAUUUUAAAACCGGUGACAGCAACAAGGCUAUACUUUUGUGGAAAGACAUGGCAACCAGUGGUAUCACAUGCAAUGAAAUCUGCUACAGUGUACUUAUCCAUGGCCUGUGUCAAGAUGGGAAGCUCAAAGAGGCUAUGAUGGUGUGGAAGCACAUGUUAGGCAAAGGAUUGGUCCCUGAUGUCGUGGCUUAUAGUUCAAUGAUUCAUGGCCUUUGCAAUGCUGGUUCUGUGGACCAGGGAUUGAGACUCUUCAAUGAGAUGCAAUGUAGAGGAUCUAAUUCUCAGCCUGACGUAAUAGCAUAUAACAUAAUUAUUAAUGCUUUAUGCAAGGUGGACAGAAUUUCUCUAGCAAUUGAUCUUUUGAAUACCAUGUUGGAUCGAGGUUGUGAUCCUGACACAAUUACAUGUAAUAUUUUCUUGAAAACCUUAAAUGACAAAGCAAAUCCAUCCCAAGAUGGGGAAGACUUUCUGGAUAAGCUGGUGCUACAACUGUACAGGCGGCAGAGAAUCGUAGGAGCUUCAAGAAUUAUAGAAGUGAUGCUUCAAAAAAUUCUUUAUCCCAAGUCGUCCACUUGGGAAAUGAUUAUUCGAGAACUUUGCAAACCAAAGAAGGUUCAAGGAGCUAUUAACAAGUGUUGGAGUGACCUUUUCAUCUGAUAUUAGAGGUUAGUUUUUUUUUUUUUUUUUUUUUGGUUGCAAAAAUGCAAUAUCCUGAACCUUUGUUUCCCGUGGGCAUAUUGCUCCUAAGGGACUAAAGAGGACAUGGACGUGAGAUUCUUUCAGAAGAUCCAUUCUGUACAUUUCAGAAUUUGGAUCCUUGUGCUUGAUACAUCAAACAAUUACACAAUGACAGGAUGACUGCUAUUACCGAACAGACACUUGCAUCCAUAAUUUAACGUUCUGUUUUCUGUUUGUUUGAAUGCAUGUCUGUUGCACAUGUAUCUAACAGAAAAUGACAUAUUUUAUCG